AGCGAGCGAGCAAAGGCUUGAAUUAAAUCUAUGGGAGUCCAAUCUGCUCUGAUCUGCACUAAACCAUCGGGCCUCUCCCGAAUUAAGCCUCGUCUGAGCGGAGCUCCGUGUCUCUGCAGCUGCUCUGCUCUCAGCCUUUGUGUAGAUCGCUUUAGAUUUCUGAUCUCUGCUCCCGGAAUCAGAUUAUUUGCUGUAUUUGUUUAGAAUGGGAAACGCUGAAGACCCUGUACGAAAAAGGGAAACCUAAGGAUGCUGGAGCAGAACAAUGGAUUUCUCCUUCUCUUUCAUGCAAGGGAUCAUGGGAAACACAAUCCAGCAACCGCCUCAGCUCAUUGACUCAGCUAACAUCAGACAGGAGGACGUGUACGAUGCCAUCAGCGACCCCGGGGACGAGGGAGGCCCCUCCGCCUACGAUUCGCCCCUCGAUCCGGGGUUCUCCUACCCUCCGGACGACCUAGGGGUCGUCGCCAACGGUUACCAGGCGGGAAUCGGCGCCUAUGAGCAGCAGGCCAAGUUUGCGCUGUACUCGCAGUUCCCUAAUGGCUCGGCCAACGGCUACGGCGCCAUCCGCAACUAUCACGCCGAUCACGGGCUGAUCUUAGGGGAGGGAACGGUGCUAAGGUCUCCCGUCGUUCAGGAAAAACCAUCAUCUCAUAUCUCUUCCCCUCCUCUUCCUCCAUCUCAUUCUCAUCUUCAUCAUCAUCAUCAUCAUCCUCAUCAUCCUCAUUCUCACCCUCAACAUCAAUCGCAGCAUCAUCAACCUAAUCCUCAACUUUUACCUCAUCACCCUCCUCCACCUCCUCCACCACCACCUCCACUUCCUCCUCCAUCUUCGUCCUCUUCACAUCAUCUGCAGUCGGUUUACCCCCCUCCUCCCCUCAUCCUACCUUCCUCUCCACCUCCCCUUCCUGCCUCCAUUCAGGACGCAGCUUCUGAGCCCGUCGGCCAGAAGAAGACAAACUCCCCGGAAAUCAAGAUCAAGAUCAUAAAGACGUAUCAGAAUGGACGCGAGCUGUUCGAGUCGUCGCUGUGCGGAGACCUGCUGCACGAGUUCCAGGAGUCAACCAGGAGAAACGAGCACAAGAAGGAGAAGAGAAAAAAGAAAAAUAGCCGGCACGGGGCCUUCCCUGAACAGGAAGUGAAGCUCGGUGAUGGCCAGGCUGUGAUACAAGAGCAGCAACCUACCCUGAGUCUCAAAAGCCCCAAAACUGAACCCAAGGAGGUCCAGGUGGACAAGGCCAUGCCCUCGGUGUGCGUGGAGUACGACAUCGGGGAUCUGGUGUGGGCUAAAGUCGGGACGUACCCAUGGUGGCCCUGCAUGGUCUCCUCCGACCCCCAGCUACAGGUUCACACGCGCAUUAACACCAGAGGUCACAGGGAGUACCAUGUGCAGUUUUUCGGAAGUGUGGCCGAGCGGGCGUGGAUUCACGAGAAGAGGAUCGUGGUGUAUAAAGGAGAGAGUCAGUUUGAGGAACUGCAGGCGGAAACCUUACGCAAAACCACCAAUCCAACUGAGAGACAGAAGCUGCUGAAGCCUCAGUCUCAGAGGGAGCGUGCCCAGUGGGAGGUGGGCGUCGGCCAUGCCGAGGCAGCCCUGCUCAUGACCCGUGAGGAGCGUAACGAGAACUACACCUUCAUUUACAUUGACAAACUGCCUGCCGACGAAACCAGCGACGAGCAUGCGACCCCAACAAGGAUUAAAAAACGCAGGACAAGACGCUCCAAGAGCAUAAAGAAAGACGAUCCGGCGACACUCCCACGCCGUCAGCAGCCUCGUCGUCAGUGCAGCGUUUCAGACGCUCAGGAGGAAGAGGCGGAGCCCGAGGACAUGACAGAAACGCAACCCUCGCCGCCUCCGGUUCGGACUCCGUGGAGAACGGCGGCUGCCCGGAAGCUGCUGCCGCUCUCGGUCACAAUGAAGAAGCUCAAUGUGGAGAUUGUGAAAUGCGAUUGGCAGCUGCCCAAAGAGAAAGUGGAGAUAAAAAAGGAGUCGGAGAGAGACGAUGAGCGAGUUCAGUCUCCAGAGGGUUCGAGUGAUAAAGCGGAGGGUGAGACGUUCUCCAGUGAGGAGGAGAGAACAGCAUGGAGUGAACCAGAGAGUGCAGAACACGCACACACUCCUGUUACCGAACCCAGCUCAGAGUCGAUGGAAAGAAAGCUGCAGCGGCGGUGUGUAAGGAGUCGCUCCGAGUCGGAAAAGAGCGUCGAUCCAGUUCCAAAGAAAAAGGUCAAGAAAGAGCAGGUGGAGGCGAUGCCUCAGAUGGACUUUAAAACAGGAUCACAAAAAGGAGCCAGUGAGAUCUCUGAUUCUUGUAAGCCACUGAAGAAACGCAGUCGAGCCUCGACGGACGUCGAAGUGACAAGCUCUAUUUACAGAGACACGUCCGACUCUGAUUCCAGAGGCCUCAACGACAUGCAGUGUGUAUUUGAGAAACGCUCUGACAGUCCUGGUACGGUGGACGCUGACUGCUCAGAUGCCCAGUCAGACGAUUCAAACAUCUCUCGGCAGGGCAGCAACAACUCCAAAAAGGACAUGGUGUGUCAGGUUUGCGAGACAUUUGGAGAUUCUCUGCUGUGCUGUGAGGGCGAGUGUAACAGGUUUUUUCACCUGGAGUGUUUGGCCUCUGCUGGGGGAACAGAGGGAGAAACCAUUUGCACUGAGUGCAAAACAGGCUCACACCCAUGUUUCUCCUGCAAACGCACUGAUGAAGAUGUGAAGCCGUGUUCGGUGAGUGGGUGUGGCCGUUUCUAUCACGAGUCCUGUGCUUGGAAAUACGCGGGCACUGCUGCGGAGCCCCAAGGCCUGAGGUGCCCACAGCACUGCUGCGCUACCUGCUGGUUGGAAAAGGACUCGCAAAAGGCCCACAAAGGCCGGAUGAUGCGCUGUAUCCGCUGUCCCGUAGCCUAUCAUGUAGGCGAUCUGUGUAUAGCAGCCGGGAGCGUAGCGAUCACGCCUCACGUCAUCGUGUGCAGCAGUCACUCGGGCACACGGAAGAACGGCCAUCUUGGCUCCUCCGUAAACGUAGGCUGGUGUUUCGUUUGCUCGCGAGGACGCUUAGUGCACGACCUCACUGACACCGUAUUAAGUUCUUAUACGUUUAAGUCUCACUACCUUCUGACUGAGUCAAAUCGUGCUGAGUUGAUGAAAUUACCUCUGAUUCCUUCUCCUUCGUCAGCUACCCAAAAGAAUCCGGCCAAAGGAGGAAGACUCCUGUGCUGCGAGGCAUGCCCCGCCUCCUUCCACCCAUCCUGUUUAAAUAUGGAGAUGCCCGAGGGAGCUUGGCUUUGUAGUGAAUGCAGAGCGGGAAAGAAACCCCGCUACAAACAGAUCGUCUGGGUCAAGCUGGGCAACUACAGAUGGUGGCCCGCUGAGAUCUGUAACCCUCGGUUGGUUCCAUCCAACAUCCAGAAUCUGAAACACGACAUCGGGGAUUUUCCAGUCUUUUUCUUCGGGUCGCACGAUUACUACUGGAUCCACCAGGGCCGAGUUUUCCCGUACUUGGAGAACGACAAGAACUUCGCCGAGGGACAAAUCGGAAUAAACAAGACUUUUAAAAAAGCACUGGAGGAGGCAGCGAAGAGGUUUCAGGAGCUGAAAUCUCAGCGAGAGACCAAAGAAGCUCUGGAACAGGAACGCAACUCACGACGGCCUCCGCCAUACAAACUCAUCAAGUGUAACAAGCCCGUAGGGAAGGUGCAGGUGUGCGUGGCCGACCUGUCGGAGAUCCCGCGCUGCAACUGCAAGCCGAACGACGAGCACCCGUGCGCGCCGGAAUCGGAGUGCGUGAACCGGGCGCUGCAGUACGAGUGUCACCCGCAGGUGUGUGCCGCUGCCGAGCGCUGCCUCAACCAGAGCUUCAGCAAACGCCAAUAUCCGAAAAUGGAAGUGAUCAAGACGGAGAUGCGCGGCUGGGGCCUCAAAACCAAACAGGACCUCAAAAAGGGAGAUUUUGUGAUGGAGUACGUAGGAGAAUUGAUCGAUCUGGAGGAAUGUCGACAGCGAAUCAGCCAUGCCAACAAGAACCAUGUGACCAACUUCUACAUGCUCACUCUCACCAAGGAUCGCGUGAUUGAUGCUGGGCCCAAAGGGAACUUGUCUCGCUUCAUGAAUCACAGCUGCAGCCCAAACUGCGAGACACAGAAAUGGACAGUGAACGGAGACGUCCGCAUCGGCCUCUUCACUCUGUGUGACAUCGCCGCAGACACUGAACUAACAUUUAAUUAUAACCUGGACUGUUUGGGGAACGGGAGAACGACGUGUCACUGUGGAGCUGAGAACUGCAGCGGCUAUUUGGGAGUCCGACCAAAGAGUGCGGUGGUGUUGGAAAAGGAGGAGAAAGUGAGGAAUUCGAAGCUUAAGGUGAGGAAGAGGAAGCUAAAGGCAGAAAGCCGCAGUCAUGAUUAUUACUGCUACUGCUGUGGCGAAGGCGGAGAACUGGUCAUGUGUGACAGGAAGGAUUGUCCCAGAGCCUAUCACCUGCUCUGCCUCAACCUGACUACGCCCCCUUAUGGUCGCUGGGAAUGCCCUUGGCACCAAUGCAGUGUGUGUCAGCGCCCGGCCUCUGCGUUCUGCCACUUUUGCCCCGCCUCUUUCUGCCAGGAUCAUGAGGCGGGGCAGCUGGUGCUUUCCGCCCAGGAUAACCGGCCCUGUUGUCCCAAUCACGACCCGGAACGAGCACCCAGCCUCCCUACUGCUCUGAGGGUGAAGGAGGAAGAGGAAGCAGAAAGGGAAGAGGAGGACGAUGGGGAUGCAGAGAGAGAGGCAGAAGAGGAUGAGGAAGGAGAAAUGGCUGAGUGACUGAGCCAAAGCUCUUGUACUGAAACACUUCAACACGGUGACUGGAAUUCCGAGGCCCUCCGUGCAGCUAGUGGGCGGUGUGCAGUUCAAAAUCAUCAUACAUUCAAGUUGGUUGUUGUCCAUUCCAGAUCUACAGCAGAGGGCGAUCAUUUAUUGAGCCGGGGGGGGAAAAAAAAGUCACAAUUUACAACUUCACUCUUUCAGAUCCAGAAAUGUGGAAUCACACAGCACCCACUAAUCGUCACUUUACCGAUUUUCUUUUCUUUUUCAAGCCGGGUUCUAAUUCAUCCUCGGAGCGGAGCCGUGAUCUUUUACACACUCUCCGGUACCUACAACACCUUGAGAACUUCAGUCGAUGUACCUCAGUGUAAAUAGAAAGGAUUCAUACGAGACACAUAGAUUCUCUACACUAGAAUUUUCAGUACACGUCUGAAUAUCAGCUAGUUGUGAAAAAAAAGAAAAAAAAGGACCGUGACUCCGGUUUUGGUUACGUGCUGCCUCUUCAUACCCGUGCGUUUGUGAUUUGUAAGAUAUAUAUAUCACGAAUAUAUUUAUGACUACGUUUACAUCCACUCACGGUGUACAGUAUUGUUCAUUGGUAUUAUUAGUGAGUUUGAUAUCACUAUUCUUAAUGUCAUUGUAUACGUGCCCAUUUUUUCUUUGUCCCCCCCCAUCACUCGCUCAUUUCUUGUCGUGACUGGUUAAUUUCAUAGUCAAGCACUUAAAUUUCAAUUUGAACACUGCCGUUGUUGUGCCGAUAGGAAUGUCAGUCCAUAAGGAAUUUUUAAUUUUUUUAUUUUUUUUUAAAAUAUAAUAAUUUUCAGUGAUGUCGCCAAUGUACAUUCUUUUAUUUUUAUUUUUUUUAAAGCCUCAUUUGUACACAAUAGUGACCACUUUUAAGGUAUCGUAAUUACAGUGUACCUUAAUAACCCAGUCGAAUUAACAACCCAAGAUUCUGACGCAUGUAACAAUGUCUGGAGUUGUUCAUUUGAACGAACUGAUAAUGGCACCAAUGGCAACGCAUCAUCAUUAUGCUUAUUGAACUCCAAACGUUCUGUUUUUGUGACCAUUGCACAACCAGUUGGAAAUAGUCUGCAGUGGAGCAUCCAUAUUGAAAUGAAUUUCUAGCACGUGAUGAAGGCAAAAACCAGCAACGCCUUUCUGUGGGUUGUAUGAUGGUUACCGAAAUGUAUUUUAACAUUUAAUUACUAUUCAAUAUGCUACUUUAUUAACUCCGUAGCGUUGAUCGUGGCAGACGUUCAGUGCAUCCUGGCUCAGUGUUCAGCGGGGCUGCACAAUACAAAGAUAUUAGACCUUGUUAAAGAUGGACCAGAACCAAGAAGAUGGAUCUACUGGGUCAUUUGAAUGCUGCUGUGAUCCAUCUAAACACUUAGUCAUGUUCAUCUGGAGUGUCUGAGAUCAGGAUAAUCCCAACACACAGUAAAAUAUUCAGCACCCUUGUAUAAAUCAUUAUUGCUAAUAUAUCAACUAUUAACCCCCGCUGAGCUGCUUACCUAGCCAGACGUGUGGGUUCAUUUUCCCUCCCACUUCGCCACUACUCGUUAUUAAAUCUAAUCCCUUAAUAUUCCAAACGUUCUUCGAGUCUGCAGAACCAUGGAAGUCUGUCACUGCCAAAACAACGCUUUUGAAAACGUGUUGCAUCCAGCAGUGGCCCUGUCCUGUACACUUGAAAUCUGGAGCGCUGUUCACGUCUCAUGCACUUUUUGGUUUUGUUCGUGGUGUUGGAGUUAAAAUGGCGAGUUUGUUUACACUCAGAGGGUUUAAAAAAAAAAAUCCAGCACGUCGCUGUUCGUGUCAUUUGUCACCGUUUUGAGUUAUGGGAAAAUAUCUCUGAAUUAUUAUUAUUAUUAUUAUUAUUA